UCUCUAUUUCUCUGUCCAAUGCGCCGCGAGGGAACACGACGACAUCGUUUGAUAUAAUAUAUAACCAAUAUAUAGCCUUGGCUGAUUGCUUGAACUGCUUGCUUUUCCUCGUUGCGGAAGCGGAAGCUUUGUACGCGUGGUUCGUGAGCGAGCCAGUUUGCGCUUUUCCAGCAGGACUUCGGGGGAGAAAGAAAAUUAUCUUCGUACAAAGGGAUAUAAAAAAGAACGAGAAGGGAAGCAGAAGAAGAAGAAGAAGAAAAAAGAAGCAGAACAACCAAAAAAGAUGUCGUUCGACCAACCCCUCCCCCCCUUCAACGCCUCGGACCCGACCGCCACCUUCCUGAGCACCUCGUGCCUGGACUUCCUGAUGAUCGAGCUCGUGCCCAUGACGUACCGCGUCGCCAACGAGCUCGACGCCUCCUCCUACCUCUCCAACUCCGCCUCCGCCUCCUCCCCUUCCCCCACCGCUUCGGCGUCCUCGCCCUCGCCCCCGCCGGCAGAUGCCCCGAAUGGUGGUGAUGCGCUGGCUAGGAGGAGUAAUGGUGGCGGGGAAACUGCGACGGCAGCGGCGGGGGGAGCGCGUAGGUUAGACGAGGACGAGGAGCGCGACGCGGUGUUUUUCCGGCUAGAAGGGCUGGGGUACCGUGUUGGGCUGGGGCUUGUCGAGCGCUUCUCGCGCGACCGCCCCCGCUUCAACGACACCCUCGACGCCAUCAAGUUCGUCUGCAAGGACCUCUGGAUGCUCGUCUUCAAGAAGCAGGUCGACAACCUCAAGACCAACCACCGCGGCGUCUACGUCCUCACCGACAACGCCUUCCGCCCCCUCUCCCGCAUGAGCGUCGACCCCGGCGCCCACGCCGUCGUCAGGGCACAGCCCUUCCUCUGGUUCCCCUGCGGCGUCAUCCGCGGCGCCCUCGCCGCCAUGGGCAUCCCCGCCACCGUCCAGGCCGAGUCCAACGAGCUGCCCGGCGCCGUCUUCCAGAUCAAGACCGUGCCCAGCAAGCAAUGAUGCCAUACCAUCAUCAUCAUCAUCAUUACCUACUUACUUACUUAUUCACUUAUUCAUAACAUACACCGCACCACCAAUCC